AUGGCCAUUAAACACGCCUCCCCCGUGACCGUUUCCUUACACGACCUCCAAAACAACACGGUCCCCUUCGACAAACUCCUCUCUGCCUUCGGGCUCAACAGCCUAGGCAUCCUUGUCGUCACAGAUCUGCCACCCUCCUUCCCAUCACUUCGCAAUAAGGUCCUCUCCAACUCCUCACGACUCGCAGCUCUAGGUCCCUCUGUGUUGCGGCGCCUCACCAAGCCUUCCGCGAAGUACCUCGUCGGCUGGUCACACGGGGUUGAAACGCUCCGGCCCGGCGUCAUCGAUACCGCCAAAGGAAGCUACUAUAUCAACUGCGCGUUCUACAAGGACCCGCAGCUCGAAGGGGCCGACGCCUCCAAGUUCCCCGGGUUCGAAGAGUACACAGCGCCGAACGUGUGGCCGGCCGAUGACGAGGUGAAAGGGUUCCGCGACGAUGCGGAGCAACUGAUCAAGCUGAUCAUCGAUACGGCGGUGUUGGUGGCGAGGGCGUGUGAUACAUACGCACAAAAAGAAAUUCAGGGGUAUGAAGACGGGUACUUGGAAAGAGUAGUAAGAGGGAGCACGACGACCAAGGCGAGGCUAUUGCAUUAUUUUCCCACAAACAGCAAUGACAGCCCUCCAGCGGAGGCCCACCAGGGCGGGGCGGAAACCAAUGGUGCGGAAACAGACAAAGAUACGACUGCCUCGCAGAAUGUCAGUCCGAAUGGAGACAAUACUGGUAAGGAAGAUGAUAUCGACGACUCCUGGUGCACGACGCACCUGGACCACGGAUGCCUCACUGGGUUGACAUCUGCAAUGUUCCUUGAUGAAUCUGCUGAGAAUUCGCUCACCGAACUCCCCUCGUCGCCGGACCCGAGUUCGGGCCUCUACAUACUCUCGCGCUCGGGGCAGAUCCACAAAGUCAGCAUUCCCCGGCACAGCCUCGCAUUUCAAACGGGCGAGGCUCUCGAACUUAUCACGCGAGGCAAGUUCAAGGCCGUUCCGCAUUUCGUGAAAGGCGUGGAUCCGGAAAACUGCGAUCAGAGAAGUAAAAUCGCGAGGAAUACGUUGGCGGUCUUCACGCAGCCAAAUUUGGAUGAACUUGUUGAUUUAGAAACGGGAUUGACAUUUGGGGAGUUUGCGAGGGGUGUGGUCAAGAAGAAUACCGCAGGCUAG